AAUCAUACAGCCAAAAGCAAACGAGUAGAACAGACACUGAGACACAUGGAUUCUGAAUCCAAAUCUCCGUCUCCCCGGCAUGUGCUCUUUUUACUGUAUGGCAUCAUCAUGUUUCUGUCCUCCAACAACGCUACCUUCUCAUCAGCACAGACCAGCAAUAGCUCCGACUCCGAGGCUGACCGACAAGCCCUCCUCUGCUUCAAGUCCGGCAUCUCCGCCGACCCUGCCGGUGUCCUCCGGUCAUGGCGCAAUGACUCGCUCAACUUUUGCAGCUGGAGAGGGGUCAACUGCAGCACGACCCUCCCGAUCCGUGUGGUGUCCCUAGAACUAAGGUCUGUGCAGCUCAAAGGACAACUAUCCAGUUGCAUGGUGACCCUUACAUCUCUGGUGAGGGUGGACCUUUCGUACAAUGAUCUUUCUGGAAGCAUACCUGAGGAGAUAGGCGCGAUUCCGAGGCUCAAAACUCUGAUUCUUGCUGGAAACAGACUUGCAGGUAUCAUCCCUCUGUCACUGGGUACAUCUGCUUCUCUUAGAUAUGUUGAUCUUGCAGCGAACAACUUAUCUGGGGCAAUUCCAUAUUUCCAAAAAACGACAUCUCUGCAAUUACUUGACCUUUCUGCAAACUUUCUUUCUGGAAGUAUACCAGCAUCUUUAGGAAACGUUUCAUCCUUAAAUUACAUCCGACUAGCACAGAACAACUUGAAAGGGUCGAUUCCAGAAGCCUUGGGUCAUAUCCUGAACUUAAGCAUUCUAGAUCUAGGUUACAAUCAAUUAUCGGGGAAUGUCCCAGCCACUAUAUACAAUGUCUCAUCACUCAGAUACCUUAUCUUAAGCAAUAAUGUGCUUGAUGGACAGAUACUUUUUAACACAGGCCACUCACUCCCAAACCUUGUAUAUUUGAUCUUGAGUGGCAACAAAUUCAGUGGAAUGAUUCCAGCUUCACUGACCAACAUGUCGAUGCUCCAAGUAAUUGGUCUCUCAAGUAAUUUACUGAGUGGCCCGAUUCCAUCUCUAGGAUCCUUGAGCAACUUGAGCCGACUGAUUCUAGGAAGUAACAUGCUACAAGGUGAAGACUGGGCUUUUCUAACCUCCCUAACAAAUUGCAGUCAAUUGUUAAUGUUAGCACUGGAUGGGAAUUCCCUGAACGGAACCAUUCCCUCAACUAUUGGGAAUUUAAGAAACUUGAUUAUCCUGGCAUUGUCUAGGAACAGGUUUACAGGGGAAAUCCCAUCCACACUCGGUAAUCUCUCUCAAUUGAACCAGCUUUCCCUGGAUGAUAACUUAUUGUCUGGAAACAUCCCAGCAAGUCUAGGACAGUACCAAAGGUUGACUAUGUUAAAUCUAUCAGUCAAUAACCUUGAUGGAUCCAUACCAAGUGAAAUCCUCAACAUUUCUUCGCUUUCUUUGGGGUUGGACUUGUCAAACAACAACCUUACAGGAAUGAUACCACCAGAAAUUGGAAAACUGAUCAAUCUUGGCCUAUUGAAUGUUUCCAGCAACAAGUUAUAUGGUGAAAUACCACCUGAACUUGGCCUGUGUGUUGUCUUGUCAUCCCUUCAGAUGGAAGGAAAUAUGCUUAGUGGGAUUAUUCCUCAGUCUCUCAGUGCACUGAAGGCCAUACAACAAAUGGAUCUCUCUGAAAACAACUUAUCUGGUCAAAUUCCAGAAUUCUUCGAGGACUUCAGGACCAUACAUCAUCUUAAUCUAUCAUACAACAAACUGGAAGGACCAAUUCCAACCGGUGGAAUCUUCGCAAAUAGUUCAAAUGCAGUCAUGCUAGAAGGUAACAUGGCACUAUGUCAACGAAUUCCCAUAUUUUCAUUGCCGAUCUGUCCCACCACUUCAGCAUCAAAAAGGAAAAUCAAUGCACGCCUCCUGCUGAUAAUAGCUCCACCAGUUAUUAUCGCUUUAUUGUCAUUUUUAUGUGUUAUUGCCACUGUUAUGAAGGGAAAAACAACCCAACCAUCUGAAAGCUAUAGAGAGACAAUGAAGAAGGUGUCAUAUGGAGACAUUCUUAAAGCCACCAAUUGGUUCUCUCUAGUCAACAAGAUCAGCUCAAGUCAUACAGCAUCAGUCUACAUUGGUCGGUUUGAGUUUGAUACAGACCUUGUUGCCAUCAAGGUAUUUCAUCUUGAUGAGCAAGGUUCGCUCCAUAGCUUCUUCACUGAGUGUGAAGUGUUAAAGCAUACCCGCCAUCGCAAUCUCAUUCAAGCAAUCACCUUGUGCUCGACAGUAGAUUUUGAGAACAAUGAAUUCAAAGCUCUAGUAUAUGAGUUCAUGGCAAAUGGUAGCCUAGACAUGUGGAUACACUCAAGGCAACACCAAGGUAGCCCAAGGAGGGUGUUAAGUUUAGGUCAAAGGAUUAGUAUUCUGGCAGAUGUGGCUUCUGCUCUUGAUUAUCUGCACAACCAAUUGGUACCUCCAUUGAUUCACUGUGAUUUAAAGCCUAGCAAUGUUCUUUUGGACUAUGACAUGACCUCACGCAUUGGUGACUUUGGGUCAGCGAAGUUUCUCUCUUCAAGUCUUAACAGCAGUCCAGAAGGCUUGGUUGGAGCCUCAGGAACCAUCGGAUAUAUUGCACCUGAGUAUGCAAUGGGAUGCAAAAUCUCAACCGGUGGUGAUGUUUAUGGUUUUGGGGUGCUGCUACUAGAAAUGCUCACGGCAAAGCGACCGACUGACAAACUAUUUGGUAACAAUCUUAGCCUUCAUAAGUAUGUGGACCUAGCAUUCCCUGAUAAAAUCAAUGAGAUUUUAGACCCCCAAAUGCAAAACAAGGAAGAUGAAGUUCUUUGUAAUCUACACUUGCAAAACUAUAUCAUACCAUUGGUUGAAAUUGGCCUUAUGUGUUCCAUGGAAUCACCAAAAGAUAGACCAGGAAUGCGAGAUGUGUUUGCAAAAAUUUUUGCCAUCCAAGAGGCAUUUAUUCAAACCUUUUGAUAAGAGCAAAGAGAUAAUAGACAUGGAAUUUUGGCAAGGGAUGAUGACUUGAUUUAAGGAAGUAUCAUGCAAACCAGGAAAAAAGCAUCAUGGCCACCUAUAUUUUUAUUCUCCAGCUAAAAUGUCAAAAGACAGCCUAGCCAGAUGGCCACUAAACAAACGUUGCUGCAGAGAUUGAGAUGCGUCGAAGCAUUUUAAAUGUAAUUGUUUUCUCAACCAGUUACGAAGUUGUACCAGUUGGCUUCCAUGGCAUGAAGAAUUGUCUAACUAAUUUGUAUAUUUUUUUAUUUCUACAAAUUACGUUAUAAUGUUUCUCUUGUUGGAAAUGUUUGUAGUUUGAUUUAUUUGACUUUCCGUAAUUAUGUGCUUGUAAUUUUUCUGUUGAACAUUAUUUUUCAUAGUCUGAGAGACCAGAAGUUGAGAUGUGACUUUGUAGCUUUUGAUGUAAUGAGUGUUUGAGGAAGAGGUUUGAGUUUUCGGUUGCA